AUGAAGACAUAUAUGGAUAGCGAUGAGUAUAAAAAAGAAGUUGAAGCAAAUGUAAAGGCAGAAAAACUUUUACAGUUGCAAAACCAAACCGUACAGUAUGAAAACUUAGCACAAGAAAGUAAAAAUAACGACGCAGCCAUGCAAAAGGCAAUGAAAAGCGCAGAAUAUAUAAAAGCUAAUAAUGACUGGUUAGAUGCCCAAGCCAACGCCAAAGCAGCCCAACUUAUAGGGUCAAUAAGGACAAAAAUACAAGCGGAUGAAGACAGUUCAAAUGAAGCUUUAAUGAAUGCUGACUUUAAGAAUGCCUUCGAAGCUCUUCAUAGUAAGGUGAAACUAGUGAACGACUUCUCAUCUGGAAAGAAACUGAAGUCUGAAGGUUUCGACAAAGAGUUAAGAGAAGUAGCACAAAAUAUGACGAAAAUAACAGAUGCAGCAACGAGACAGGCAGUUCAAAGUGCCUAUGACGCCGUUAGAGCAGCUGUUGUGGAAAGUCAAGAAAAAGAGUUACAACAGACCAAAACAGACCUAGUAAAUGCUUUCUUAAAAACGAAAAGUCAAGUAGGACAUUAUGCUGCAGAUGGAACAUAUGUGCCAGCUGGUGGAACUUAUAUACCACCAAACCCUCCAAGAGAAGCACCUGCACCAGGACUACCUAAAACAUUUACAUCGUCACAUGGACACAGACACAGGCAUGCACCAAAACCAACACAACAACCAACAGUUCAAAAUCCAGCACCACAACAACAACCAACACAGCAACCAACAGUUCAAAAUCCAGCACCACAACAACAACCAACACAACAACCACCUCCACAACCAGCACAGCAACCACAAACAGAGCAAAGACAUAAAAGAAGUAGAGAAAAAGGAAACCAAGAAUUCUUAAAAAUGCUUAAGGAAGAUUAUGGUUACCCAGAUACUCUUGACUUUAGUGACAGAUAUAAAGAAGCUAUUAGAAAGUUCAAGGAAGGAAAUACUGACCCGAACCUAUUUAGCUUUAUG